AUGCUGAAAACCACGCAUGGCCACCAUUAUCCUCCCUUCUCCAAACUCAUCAUCAAAUCAUCAUCAUCUCUCUUCCCCACCUUUAUCAACAAACCCAUAGAAAAGCUCCUCAAAACCACGCAUCAAACCCUAGGCAUAAAAAAGCUCCUAAAAACCACACACCAAACCCUAGACAACGGCGGCCGACCACACGUCGACUCCAUCUUCGACACCCUCGACAGCCUCAUCCGCCGCUACCUUGACCCCUCUCUUCUCCCCUCCUCUAUCGAACCCCAUCGUGUCCUCUCAGACACGAUGUUCUCCUCGUGCGACGAGCUUCCCCCGACCUCGUGCCUCGCGGUCGAGGGCUUCGUUCCUCCGUGCCUCGAUGGUAUCUACAUCCGCAAUGGCCCAAACCCUAGAUUCCCGCCGCGCGGCCCGUACCACCUCCUCGACGGUGAUGGGAUGCUCCACACGAUCCGUAUCUCACGCGGUCGUGCCACCUUCUGCAGUCGCUACGUCCGCACCCACAAGUUCGAAACUGAGCACGCGGCCGGCCGCCCUGUCAUCCCAAACUUCUUCGCCUUCUCUGGCGCUCCCGUCCUCGCCACCGCGGCCCGCUUAGUCGUGGCGGCCGCUUGGUCGGCCCUCACGGGCCGGUUCGACCCUAUCAAAAACGGGUUCGGCGUGGCCAACACGAGCGUGGCACUGCUCGGCGGCCGCCUCCUCGCGAUGUGCGAGUCCGAUUUACCGUAUGAAGUGAAAGUCGCCGAGGACGGGGAUGUCGUCACCCUCGGUCGGUAUGACUUUUCGCACGACACGGACGGAGAGCAAUUCCCGAGGAUGACAGCCCACCCGAAAAUUGAUCCCGAGACAGGGGACGCAUUCGCCUACACGUACGACGUCGUGCGUCCUUACCUGACGUUCUACCGAAUAGAGCGUGGGCUUAUCAAGGGAAAAGGCGUGCCAGUGCGUUUAAUGAGUGAGUGCACGAUCGUGCACGACUUCGGGCUGACGGAGGCCCACGUGGUGUUCUCGGAUGGGCAAAUGGUGGUGAACCCGAUAUGGAUGUUGAAGGGGAGGCCGCCGGUUGGGGUGGUCACGGAGAAAGUCCCGCGGCUCGGGAUUAUCGAGAAGCGUGCAACCGACGAUCGAGAUAUGGUGUGGGUGGAUGCUCCGGGGUUCAACAUGGUGCACUGCGUGAACGCGUGGGACGAGGAUGACGGGGACACCAUUAUUUUGGUGGCAUCUAACCUCACGUCGGUCGAGCAUUUUAUCGGGGAAAUCGAGCACACGAAGCCGAUGCUCGAGAAGGUGACGAUCGAUGUCAAGGGAAAGAGAUUGCGUAGCCGAAAGCUUUUGACGGCUCAAUUCUUUCUUGAUUUAGCGGUCGUGAAUUCGGCUUACGUGUCCAAGAAGAGCAAGUAUGUAUAUGCAACGGUACUUGGCGGCAAGUCUUACGAAGGGGUGGUGAAGCUCGACGUGUCGCUCAUGGAUGACGAAAUUAACGAGGGGAGUUGUGAAGAUUGUAUAGUGGCUAGCCGACUAUACGGGCCGGGCUGUUACGGCGGGGAACCAUUUUUCGUGGCUAGGGAGCCCGAUAACCCCGCGGCCGACGAGGAUGAUGGGUAUUUAGUAACCUACGUACACGACGAGAACGUUCAAGAGUCUAAGUUUGUGGUGAUGGACGCAAAGUCACCAACUCUCGACAUAGUCGCGGCCGUGAAGCUGCCUCAUCGCGUGCCGGCUGGCUUGCAUGGCGUCUUUGUUCCCGAGAGUGAACUCAAAAAGCUUUGA